UUAAAUAAAUUUGAUUUUUUAUUUUGUAGAAAUAUGCCCUGAGUGCCGGCUUUUAUUUUUUUAAAUGUCCUCUUUGCAAUAAUUCUUCUGACUUCAUCAAAGAAAUGCAAGUGCAUGGGAUCUGUAUUCCUGAGAAAGAUGCGUCAUGGGAACUUGAAACAAAUGCAUUUGGAGAACUUCUUCAUCGGCCAGAAUGUGGAGCUGUUACCUGUCACUGCACUCGUGGACGAAAGUACAGUGGGAAAAAAUAUAGUUCUUGGGAUUUGGUGUCCUGCUCAGAUUGUGGAUCUACUGCCAGGCAUAAAUAUUGCGAAAAUUUAAAGAGAAGUGAAACAUCCUGGUUAUGCAAUGAAUGCAGAGUAUUUGAAGAUGAAAUUAAGAAGAAAAAGCAGAGUGCUGUGAAUUAUUUUCCCAGAGUAGUCUGUAAAUUAGUAGACAUUAAGACAAGUACUUCAUUGUCAAAUUUUAAGAAUAAUGAACCCUUGUCAGAAACUUUUAUUAAAACAUUUCAAUCGGAUAUUGUGGGUGAAGCGUGUCAACUUGAUAUUGUGAAUAAGGUGUGUCAACCGGAUACCAGUGAUGAAACAUAUCAACAAGACACUAGCAAUGGAGCAUAUCAACUGAAUACUGAAAGUGAAGCACAACAGAAAGAUAAGGAAGUUGGAACAUUUCAGUCAUUGAAUAUUGAGGAAGGAGCAACUCUGUUGGUUAAUGGUGAUAACAGUUUGCUUUCAUCCGAUUGUGCUAUAUCUUAUAAUAAAGCAGAGCUUAAUUUGGAUACACACUCUCAUAAUGUUGCUGGAAAAUCCGAUUUUUAUGUCAAGGACCAUAAUUUAAAUUUGAUGCAAUUAUCAGAAACUGAAGAUGUACCAGAUGGUAGUUGCAAUAUCAAAAGCCUUGAAGAGCAAAGGACUCGAGGACUAUCUGCCUAAAGGGAGGGAUACCUUUGUGGACGACUUUCUAAUGAAAACUGGAUCGAUGCAUGUUACACAUGGGGGAAAACCACGAAAUUCGAACCUUGGUCAACAACAAAAUUAAAUUUUCUAAGCAACAUGUAUGCUGUUUUAAGUGUGUGCAGUAUCAACCCUUUUCGGAUGGCAGCCUAAUCUAGCUUCUCGUUGAGACGGAGCGCUGGUCUUCUGUGAUGUCUCCACAGGACUGUGGGUGCUCGAUAGCUAAGCCUAGUUUUGCUAAAAUAUUGGCAAAAAUACAAUUUUAUUUGUAUUUACUAAAUUUUUUCAAAUAUUUUAGAAAAUGCAUUUAUCUUUAUGCUUGGUGAGUUACAGAAUUAAAUACGUAUAAAUUUUGCAGCUGUAAUGAUAUAUAUAUAGACAAUCAAAGAGAAUUUAAAACAAAUAUUCAGCAUUUGUUAAACUACAAUUAAAAUAUUUAAUGUAAAGCAAUAAAUCUAUACAGGCACAUAUGCACACACACAUAUAUAUAUUCAUACAGUGAAUUUUAAAAUUAGUUUUCUGUAUGAUAUAUUCUGUAGCAUAGGUCCACACAACUGCGGCUGUAAAUCUUUUAAUGUAUGAGAGCAGUUGUCAUUUACAGGCGGAGCAGAUGUUAAGGCAAAAGAAUGCAGUUCUGAAUCUGAUAAAAUAUCUGUAUCAGACUGCUAAAACUGCAAAAAAUAUUACUGCUAAAACUGCUGACAUCACUUGUAAUAAAGCUGUAUACUCAGCUUUCGAUAAAUAUCACUUUCAUUUUGACAUCUUAACACAAAAAAACCCCUAAAAACUUACAUUCACACAAAAGAAAAAACACCCUACACUACUUACAAAAAGAAGAAACUAAAUGAAAACCUGCACUUACACCAGAUGCUCUUCCCUCAAAAAGCCAAUCGAAAGAAACAUGAACAAAAACGCAUGCUUCUUUAUGCAACUGAAUCCUGCUGUCUACCUUUCAGAAUCAAAUGGAACAGUCCAGUGUCAAAGUUCAGGUAUCAUCAUUUCCAUUUAUAUUGGUACCAUGGACAUAGAGCAGCAUCUGUUAGAAUUAAAAAUAUUUACAUUUUGUUCCAUGUGAUUAUCACGUACGUAUACAUUACAGCAGUCUAGCCAAGCACUAAUCCUCUGAGAUGCAGACGUCACACUUGCCAUAGAUAAACUGAAUGCUACCAUGACGUAUACAACAUACCCGUACUGAAACGUUUAAGUGUUGCAUAAUUUUUCUAUUUCUUUUUUCAGUCAAUCAUAUCAAUGAUCAGUUUUCUUAGUAAAAUGGCUUGCAAAACUUUUUUUGUUAUCCUUUUGUUACUAUGGUUUGAAUCCUACAAAAAUGCUGGCUGCAUAGAUGUUUUUUUUUUCCCCAUGUGUAAAGUGUAUACGAUCCAGUUUGCCUUAGGAAGUCCCCCACGAAGGCAUCCCUCCCCUUAGGCAGAUAGCCUUCAAGGGUUUGCCAUAAACACAUAAACCAAACGAAACCUGUAAUCUUUGUUGGUCAUAUACACUGUUCUAAUUUUACACAAACCUUUUUUCCAUUAAUUUGAUUUUACACAAAUUCAAAUAAAUAUUUCAUGCUCUUUUA